AUGGAGGGAAUGCUCAACUACUUUGUGCCGGAGGACGGAGACUCCUCCGAUCACCUGAAUGUAGUGCCACUUCCACGCGUGGACCAGCUGCGGCUGCAGCAUGUGAAGAGCAGCUUCCCGCUGCCGGGUGACUUCCACUUUCGCUUUAAAACUGCGUUCGAGGGAACAUAUGUGUGGCUGGACCUGGUGAACGAUAUGGACACUGUGCCGGAUUUCAACGGAAUUGUCAUUUGCAAGAUAUCACGCGUCGAGAGAGAGAGCACUGCUCGUGUCUUGGAGCAGAAAGAUGUUGUCGAGGCUCAAGUGGAGGCGUCCGAUCUCAUCGAGACGUUGGAAGUCCCACUGUCACCCACCAAGCGAGAAGAGCCUCAAAGUGCACAGAAGACGUUCAACAACGACCUGGUCGGGCUGAUGUCGGACCCUGUGCCUACAUCAGCAUCACAGACUGCUGCGGCCCAGUCUCCGGUUCUGUCGGCCAGUGUCGCUCCGCCCCAGGCUGUGCGCGACCCCUUUGAUGUCUUUGCAGGCCACAAUACGGCUCCUAUGCAACCUACACCUAUCUCGGCCACGAUGGCGAGUAACGGACCCCGGGGUUUAUCACCAACUACGACGGGAACCCAUGGCGGAGCGUACGGGGCUCAAGGAGGAUUUACUGCUAUCAAUUCUGGAGCUCCGUCUUUGAUGACCCCUCAAGGUCCAAGCAGCUUAAACAUUAGUCAGAUGCACAUGGGCAUGGGCCAGCCACAGGGAGGGAUGCAGCAGAAUAGUUUCCAAGGUCUGCAAUGGCAAGGUAUGGGACAGCAGCAGCAGCAUCAGCCACAGCGACAACGGAACCCCAACUCCAGACAGUGGUAA